UGGUUUGGAAACACCCGACUAACCUUCGCCAUGAUAAGGUUGUUAAGGUUAGCUAUGCCACACUCUAACUAAGGUUCAUAAGCAGUUGACAAUUAUAAGGUAGACUUCAAACCGCGUUCGAUGCAUUAAGUUUGUCCUAAAGCUUCAAAGUAGAAAGCGAAUCACGCGGGGAGUCUGUUGUAACUGAUAUAAGUGUAUUACAUCAUCCAUCUUCAACGUCCACGUCAUGAUACCAGUGAGCACUCGCCUACAUAUAGUUUUAAAUGACGACAAUAAAUUCAAUGUCCCUUCAAAUUGGCGGAUUAGAAAGGCGUCAUAGUUAAGAAUGGCUUCAAUGCGCCAUCUUCAUCUUAAUGCGUCAAAGAGGCAACCCUUACUUAAGGAUGAGGCAACGUCUGACGAGGCCGAUGCUACAUUGCCAGUGAAAAGAGUGUUCACAGAUCCUCAAGGAUCGAAACUUAAUGAAGAUGCCAGUAUUUACUUCGUCGGCACAGCGACAACGAUAAUCGAGUGGCAAGGAAUUCGGAUACUUACCGAUCCCAACUUCUUGCAUACCGGAGAUCAUGUCCACCUAGGACCAGGAGUGACUGCACAGCGAAAGACAAAUCCAGCCGUGGACUUACACGAGCUGCCGCCACUUGACUGUAUUCUGUUAUCUCACUAUCAUGAAGAUCACUUCGACCGCCUGGUCGAGAAGUCGCUGAAUAGGGCAUUCGAUAUCAUCACCACUCCGCAUGCCAAGGAAUGUCUCUCGGGUGAAACCAAGGAUGACCCAUUCCAGUCGAUCCAUGGCCUUGACUUCUUCGAGAGUAUCAUGCUUCAUAUUGACCGCAAAGAGCCUUCUCAUGCCGGCGGGUACGGCAAAGUACCAGUCAUUAAAGUGACGGGUAUGCCGGGGAAACACGUGCCUCCGGGUCCGUUGGCUAAGGCUAACGACUUGCUCAAAGCUGUACCGCCGACAAAUGGAUGGCUUCUCGAGUUUGGUUUUAGUUUCAAGGCCCCAACUGGAGGCGACCCGGAAUCCAUCGAUACAGGGUAUCGCAUUUACAUCUCCGGCGACACAUUAUUCGUAGACGAACUCAAGGAAAUCCCGAAGCGGCUCCGUAAUGAGAAGGUCGACCUCAUGUUAGUACACCUAGGCGGCACGACGAUCCCCGGACCUUCAAUGCCCUUAGUCAUGGUUACAAUGGACGCCAAACAAGGAAUACAGCUGAUGCAGCUUAUUAAUCCGGACUUGACCAUUCCAAUCCAUUACGACGACUACGACGUCUUCUUGUCGCCCCUGUCGGAGUUUAAAAAGGAGGUCGACGAGAAUGGCUGGAGUGAACGGGUGGUUUAUCUUGAUCGCGGGGAACAGUACGAGUUCAAAGUCCGUGGGGCUUGAACGAGCUUGAGAAGAAUAGGAGACUCUAGAGGAUGGUCGCACGAGAAGAUGUAUUGCCGGACACCUAAGAACCGUGGAAAAGGAUCCGGGGAAGCAUGCAGGCUCUCAAUAAUAUCAUGCUGUUAGGCAGAUGAUUCUUCAUUUAUCAAACGGCUUUGAUAAACAGGCUAAAUAAAGUAGCUGAUGUAGUUUGAUACGUGGACACCUUGUACUUCUUCAGCCGGCCGUAAAGCAACACUGGCAAGAUAAACCAAUCGACGGCUUGUGCGACUUUAUAAUUUCUUUAGAGGGAGAUCUUGGAUGAGAUAGGCUGUUCAAUGGAUCUGUUGUCUCACACUACUUCCCGAGAUCGAUUAAGUUAUCAUUUGCAGUUCGUCUUUUUCACCAGGGUGGGGAGAUGGGGGAGAUGACAGGUAUUGAGACAUUAUAAAUCGAACGCGAAUGCGCAUAAGCAAAUUAAUUGGGAGCUGAGGGUCACGUAAUGAAGAUAUAUUAAUAAGGUAAAAUAAUGUGGCAAGCCUCUAGGUGGCGGGGAAAAGAAGGUAAUUACCUACCUAGGUUCAUGUAAUUAAUAGGAUGGAGAGGCAGGAACAAGAAUGG